UCUCAAGGUAUGGUAUGAACACGAUGGGUUUAAACUCUUACCUUCAUUUUGAGGCUAAAACCUUACCUUUGCCGUCACUUUCCAUUCUUUCUUUCCUCAGGACCAGCACACCUCUGUCUUCUCAGUAGGGAUUUCAAAGUAGUUAAGGUUAAACAUGGGGGACGCUGCCAUGUCAGAAUUUGGGGUAGCAGCUCCGUACCUGAGGAAGUCAGAUAAGGAGCGCCUGGAGGCGCAGACCCGUAUUUUCGACAUGAAGAAGGAAUGUUUUGUUCCCGACGCAGAGGAGGAAUACGUGAAGGCUUCCAUCACCAGCCGUGAUGGUGAUAAAGUUACUGCUGACACGGAGAGAGGAAAGACUGUCACAGUGAAGGAGUGUGACGUACAUCCUCAGAAUCCGCCAAAGUUUGAUAAAAUUGAAGACAUGGCGAUGUUCACUUUCCUCCACGAGCCAGCUGUGCUGUUCAACCUCAAAGAGCGUUACGCAGCAUGGAUGAUCUAUACCUACUCUGGGCUGUUCUGCGUGACUGUCAACCCCUACAAGUGGCUGCCAGUCUACAACCAGGAGGUGGUUGUUGCCUAUAGGGGCAAGAAGAGGAGUGAAGCUCCUCCUCACAUCUUCUCCAUCUCUGAUAACGCCUACCAGUACAUGCUGGCUGACAGAGAAAAUCAGUCUAUUCUCAUCACUGGAGAAUCUGGUGCUGGGAAAACUGUCAACACCAAGAGAGUUAUCCAGUACUUUGCCAGCAUUGCAGCUGGAGGUGGAAAAAAGGAUGGCUCUGAUAAAAAGGGUACUCUGGAGGAUCAAAUCAUCCAAUGUAAUCCAGCUUUAGAGGCCUUUGGGAAUGCGAAGACCAUCAGGAAUGACAACUCCUCCAGAUUUGGUAAAUUCAUCCGUAUUCAUUUUGCAGCCAGUGGAAAGCUGGCUUCAGCUGAUAUCGAGACAUAUCUGCUGGAAAAGUCACGUGUCACCUUUCAGCUGAAGGCUGAGAGAGAUUAUCACAUCUUCUAUCAGAUUCUAUCACAGAAGAAACCUGAGUUGCUUGAGAUGCUGCUCAUCACCAACAACCCCUACGACUACGCCUUCAUCUCCCAAGGAGAGACAACUGUAACCUCCAUUGAUGAUUCUGAUGAGCUGAUGGCCACUGAUGAAGCCUUUGAUGUACUUGGCUUCACUCAAGAGGAGAAAAACGGGAUCUACAAGCUCAUUGGUGCCAUCAUGCACUACGGCAACAUGAAAUUCAAGAACAAGCAGCGUGAAGAACAGGCAGAAGCAGAUGGUACUGAAGCUACUGACAAAGCAGCUUAUCUUAUGGGCCUGAACUCUGCAGACGUCAUUAAAGGUCUCUGUCACCCAAGAGUCAAAGUAGGAAACGAGUGGGUCACCAAGGGACAAAAUGUUCAGCAGGUGUACUAUGCUAUUGGCGCACUGUCUAAGUCAGUGUAUGAGAAGAUGUUCCUGUGGAUGGUGAUUAAGAUUAACCAGACUUUGGACACCAAACAGGCACGCCAGUACUUCAUCGGCGUGCUGGACAUUGCUGGAUUUGAGAUCUUUGAUUUCAACACUUUUGAGCAGCUGUGCAUCAACUUCACCAACGAAAAACUGCAACAGUUUUUCAACCACCACAUGUUCGUGCUGGAGCAGGAAGAAUACAAGAAAGAGGGCAUUGAAUGGACUUUCAUUGAUUUUGGUAUGGAUCUGCAGGCCUGCAUUGACCUGAUUGAAAAGCCCAUGGGUAUCAUGUCCAUCCUUGAGGAGGAGUGCAUGUUUCCCAAAGCCAGUGAUACCACCUUUAAAGCCAAGCUCUAUGACAACCACAUGGGGAAAUCCAACAACUUCCAGAAGCCAAGAAUUGUCAAAGGAAGACCAGAGGCCCAUUUUUCACUGGUUCACUACGCUGGAACUGUUGAUUAUAAUAUCAACAACUGGCUGGUGAAGAACAAGGAUCCUCUGAAUGAGACGGUUGUUGGAUUGUACCAGAAGUCCAACCUCAAGCUGCUUGGCACCCUCUUUGCAAAUUAUGCAGGAGCUGAAUCAGGUGACGGAAAGGGUGGCAAGGGUGGAGGAACCAAGAAGAAAGGUUCAUCUUUCCAAACUGUGUCUGCAUUGCACAGGGAGAACCUGAACAAGCUGAUGACCAACUUGAGGUCCACUCACCCUCACUUUGUGCGCUGCAUCAUCCCCAAUGAGACCAAGACUCCUGGGGCCAUGGAGAACCCUCUGGUGAUGCACCAGCUUCGCUGUAACGGUGUGCUGGAAGGUAUCAGGAUCUGCAGAAAGGGUUUCCCCAACAGGAUCCUGUAUGGGGAUUUCAAGCAGAGAUAUCGCAUCCUGAAUCCUGCUGCCAUCCCUGAUGGCCAGUUCAUUGAUAGCAGGAAGGGAGCUGAGAAACUUCUUGGGUCACUGGAUAUUGAUCAUAACCAGUACAAGUUUGGACACACUAAGGUGUUCUUCAAGGCUGGUCUUCUUGGUCAACUGGAGGAGAUGAGGGAUGACCGUUUGUCACUCAUUAUCACUGGAAUUCAAGCAAGAUCAAGAGGUCUGCUUGCAAGAAUAGAAUUCCAGAAGAUUGUUGAAAGGAGGGAUGCACUACUUACGAUCCAGUGGAACAUCCGGGCCUUCAUGGGGGUCAAGAAUUGGCCCUGGAUGAAGCUCUUCUUCAAGAUCAAACCUCUGCUGAAAUCUGCUGAAUCAGAGAAAGAGAUGGCCAACAUGAAGGAUGAAUUCUUAAAGUUAAAAGAGGCCUAUGCAAAAUCUGAAGCUCGUAGAAAAGAACUAGAGGAGAAAAUGGUCUCUGUUCUCCAAGAGAAGAAUGACCUGCAGCUCCAAGUCCAAGCGGAACAAGAUAAUCUUGCUGAUGCAGAGGAGAGAUGUGAGGGGCUCAUCAAGAACAAAAUUCAGAUGGAAGCCAAAAGCAAAGAGCUGACAGAAAGGCUGGAGGAUGAGGAAGAGAUGAAUGCUGAACUCACUGCAAAGAAGAGAAAGCUGGAGGACGAGUGCUCUGAGCUCAAGAAAGAUAUUGAUGACUUGGAGCUGACUCUGGCUAAAGUGGAGAAAGAGAAACAUGCCACUGAGAACAAGGUAAAGAACCUGACGGAGGAGAUGGCUGCUUUGGAUGAAAUCAUUGCCAAGUUGAACAAAGAAAAGAAAGCUUUACAGGAAGCUCAUCAGCAAACGCUGGAUGACCUGCAGAGUGAAGAAGACAAAGUCAACACUCUGACCAAAGCCAAGGCAAAGCUGGAGCAGCAAGUGGAUGAUCUUGAAGGGUCCUUAGAGCAAGAGAAGAAAAUACGAAUGGACCUUGAGAGGGCAAAGCGAAAGCUUGAGGGAGACCUAAAGUUGGCCCAAGAGAGCAUCAUGGACUUGGAAAAUGACAAACAGCAACUUGAAGAGAGGCUGAAAAAGAAAGAUUUCGAAAUCAGUCAACUCAAUAGCAAAAUAGAGGAUGAACAGGCGAUGUCUGCCCAGCUCCAGAAAAAAUUGAAGGAGCUGCAGGCUCGUAUCGAGGAGCUGGAGGAAGAACUUGAAGCAGAGCGAGCUGCUCGAGCCAAGGUGGAGAAGCAGAGAGCAGACUUGGCCAGGGAGCUGGAGGAGAUCAGUGAGAGGCUGGAGGAGGCUGGUGGAGCCACAGCUGCUCAGAUCGAGAUGAACAAGAAGAGGGAGGCCGAGUUUCAGAAACUCCGCAGAGACCUUGAAGAGGCCACUCUGCAGCAUGAAGCCACUGCUUCAACACUCAGGAAGAAACAAGCUGACAGUGUUGCUGACCUGGGAGAGCAGAUUGACAACCUGCAGAGAGUCAAGCAGAAACUGGAGAAGGAGAAGAGUGAGCUCAGACUGGAACUAGAUGACGUGAUCUCCAAUAUGGAACAUAUUGUCAAGACAAAGACCAACUUAGAGAAAACAUGCAGGACAAUGGAAGAUCAAAUGAAUGAAUACAAGACCAAAUUUGAAGAGGCUCAACGCUACAUCAAUGACUUCAACAUGCAAAAAGCUAAACUUCAAACAGAAAAUGGUGAGCUCUCAAGACAGAUGGAGGAGAAGGAUUCCCUCGUGUCCCAACUGACUAGAGGGAAGAUGUCCUACACUCAACAGAUUGAAGACCUCAAAAGACAGCUGGAGGAGGAGACAAAGGCCAAGAAUGCUUUAGCCCACAGUGUGCAGUCGUCUCGUCACGACUGUGACCUGCUCAGGGAGCAGUAUGAGGAGGAGCAGGAGGCCAAGGCUGAACUGCAACGCAGCAUGUCCAAGGCAAACUCUGAGGUGGCUCAGUGGAGAACCAAGUAUGAAACUGAUGCCAUCCAGAGGACCGAAGAACUGGAAGAAGCCAAGAAAAAGCUGGCUCAGCGUCUGCAGGAUGCUGAGGAAGCUGUUGAAGCAGUGAACGCUAAAUGUUCUUCUCUGGAGAAGACCAAACACAGGCUGCAGAAUGAGAUUGAAGAUCUCAUGGUGGAUGUGGAGAGGUCCAAUGCUGCUGCUGCUGCUCUGGACAAGAAGCAAAGGAACUUUGAUAAGGUCCUGUCUGAGUGGAAGCAGAAGUAUGAAGAGUCUCAAAGUGAACUGGAGAGCUCCCAAAAGGAGGCCAGAUCUCUCAGCACUGAGCUCUUCAAACUGAAAAACUCUUAUGAGGAGUCUCUGGACCACUUGGAGACCUUGAAGAGGGAGAAUAAGAACUUACAAGAGGAGAUUUCCGACCUUACUGAGCAACUUGGGGAGGGUGGAAAGAGCAUCCAUGAACUGGAGAAGUUACGAAAACAACUGGAACAGGAGAAGAGUGAGAUCCAGUCUGCUCUUGAGGAAGCAGAGGCCUCUCUGGAACAUGAAGAGGGUAAGAUUUUGAGAAUCCAGCUAGAAUUCAGUCAAGUUAAAGCUGAGAUUGAGCGUAAACUGGCUGAGAAAGAUGAAGAAAUGGAUCAGUGCAAGAGAAACCAGCAGAGGACAAUCGACACCCUGCAGAGCUCUCUUGAGGCUGAAACUCGCAGCAGGAAUGAAGCCCUCCGUUUGAAAAAGAAGAUGGAGGGAGACCUCAAUGAGAUGGAGAUCCAGCUAAGCCAAGCCAACAGGCAGGCAGCUGAGGCCCAGAAACAAUUAAAGUCGGUUCAUGCUCAUCUGAAGGAUUGCCAACUUCAGCUGGAUGAGUCUGUUCGUGCCAAUGAUGAUCUUAAAGAGAACAUAGCCAUUGUUGAGAGACGCAACAACCUGCUUCAGGCUGAACUGGAGGAACUGAGGGCUGCUGUGGAGCAAACAGAGAGAAGUCGCAGACUUGCAGAGCAAGAACUGCUGGAUGUUAGCGAGAGGGUGCAGCUACUGCACUCACAGAACACUGGACUGAUAAAUCAGAAGAAGAAGCUGGAGGGUGAUACAUCCCAGCUUCAAACUGAGGUGGAGGAGGCAGUGCAGGAAUGCAGAAAUGCUGAAGAGAAGGCCAAGAAGGCCAUUACUGAUGCUGCCAUGAUGGCAGAGGAGCUGAAGAAAGAGCAGGACACCAGCGCUCACCUGGAGCGCAUGAAAAAGAACAUGGAGCAAACCAUCAAAGACCUGCAGCACCGUCUGGAUGAAGCUGAGCAGAUCGCCAUGAAGGGAGGCAAGAAGCAGAUGCAGAAGCUGGAGUCCAGGGUGAGGGAGCUUGAGAACGAAGUGGAGAUGGAGCAGAAGAAGGGCAGCGAUGCAGUGAAAGGAAUCCGUAAAUAUGAGAGACGCAUUAAGGAGCUCACUUAUCAGACCGAGGAGGACCGCAAGAACGUUGCACGUCUGCAGGAUCUGGUUGACAAACUGCAGCUGAAAGUCAAAGCCUACAAGAGAUCUGCAGAGGAAGCUGAGGAACAGGCCAACACUCAUUUGGGCAAGUUCCGCAAGCUGCAGCACGAGCUGGACGAGGCUGAAGAAAGAGCUGACAUCGCUGAGACUCAGGUCAACAAGCUGCGAGCCAAGAGCCGUGAUGUGGGGUCAAAGAAAGGGCUAGAUGAGGAGUGAAACUCACUGAUGGCCACGUAAGACCAAGAGCAAAGACGAAGAGCUUCUGUGCUGUAGUCCCAUUUGCUGAAAAGUAACUGUAGAAUAAAGCAAAAUGCAUUACAUUAACAUAAAGAGUCCUCAUUCGCUGUGAUUUUUU